GACUCUUUGCAGUCAGUCUUGCUCUUUUCAAACUCCACAUAUUCUCACACAAGUGUUUGCCUUUUUUUUAACGCUCCCCGUCUUUCAGUCGGCGCGGAGGAGCCCCAGGAGCUUCGGUGAUCUCUUUAAUGCUCCAAACUUCUGUCACGCCGUGUGAAGGCGGAUGAUAAAUCGGUGCAUUUGGCGCUUUUGUCUCCUAAGUAACGCCGCGCGGAUGCAAAAACUGCAGGCAUGACGAGCUCCGUCCCUCGUCGGCCGAUUUGUUUACGGCCAUUUGCGUACGGUCAUGAUCUUUUUACUCUGUGCUUCCUGAUCGCUUGCUUGUUGUUUUAAGUAGGUUUGGUCUUUAAGCUCAAAAAUCUUGAGCUCCACCGCAGGAAUACUGACACUCAAGACUGAAAUCUGGCUGAAUGCUUGUCGUCAAAGCCUUAGAGAACUUUGCUUGACCCCAUCCUGACCUUAAACGCUGGAAUUAUCCAGUCGAGUCAUGCAGUUAUUCCUUAUUAACACAACCACAUGUCCAUAUUAGCGAUAACCACCGCUGUGGCCCAACAGGUGAGGUCAGCCUAAAUCACGGCUGAGCUCUCUCUUCCUCAUGUUGUGGUAGGAUGCCCUGGUUCUCCCAACAACAACACUUUGCAUGCCCAUUUCCAUAUAUUCCAUCCACACUGGGUGGGGUGCGUCGACGGAGUGGGGGAGAUUUAGAUUUGCUCAGUCACUCGACUCCAAUCAUUUGCGAACGGUCACAGCCCCAAACUCAACCUGGCAGGACCUCGUCCCCGUCGCCUGUAGCAGAAGACGAAGGAGAUGGCAAUAAAGGUAGAUUUUGUUGCUUUCCCAAGGAUCCGCUGGACGAUGUUGAGACUUGGAGCGAAUCCGUGGAUAAAGUCCUCGGUUGCAAAGCCGGACAGAUAGCGUUCCGGGAGUUUCUGAAGUCGGAGUACAGCGAGGAGAACAUCCUGUUUUGGCUCGCCUGCGAGGACUACAAGAAAAUCAAGACGGUCCCGGAGAUGAUCUCGUCCGCCAACAGGAUCUACUCUGAGUUUGUCCACUCAGAAGCACCCAGACAGAUCAACAUCGACUGCACUUCCAGAGAAAACAUCACAAAGAACAUCUCCCAGCCGACUCUGACGUCUUUUGACACGGCGCAGAAGCUCGUCUACAGCCUGAUGGCCAGGGAUUGCUACCCACGCUUCCUAAAAUCUGACAUCUAUCAGGGACUCCUGAAGAAAGCCGACUCCAGGUGACUGUUCCGAUGGAAAAGGUCCCGUGAAAACCUCCUGCUGGGCUGCGAUGAAGCGUGGAUAACCGGUUUAUCCUGCACCGUCCCCAUCCUGGAGCAUAGGGAAUGAAUCUUUACUUCUUCUCAGCCUGUGUGGUUCCGUAGUGAGUUGCAGCUCUAGAGAAUUUACUGUUUAUUUAUGUUUAGACGAAGCUAAUCCUGUAGGAAACUGUGCACAUACAUCUUCCACAAUUAUCUAUUUCACUAGCCUAGGACUAUACAGAAUCAGUUCCUUUAUUGUAAAGUAUUAUCACAACUUUUAUUGAUUAUGCGGAAAGAAAUGCUGAUUUGUUCUGCAGGUUUUUCUCUCCAUUUUAAUAUGCAAACACAGUUAUAUCUGUCUGCUUUACCCUCUAUUUAAAGUUUAUUUCUGUUUGCAGCUUUAAAACAUCUUACAAACUAAAUCUGUUCAGCUUGGGUGUGGUCUUUCUGAGUACAAUGCAAAUGAACAUUAAUGAUCUGCAGGGUGCAAAAAGGUCAUUUGAACACCAGGUGGCAGCAAAGGUCUUGAAGUAACAAAUGCCUCCACGUUUUCCUCUAUGGAAGUCCAAAAGUGUCACAAUUCGGAUUUAGUGCGAUAAGUUGAAUAAACAUUUUUUCUCGUGUAAAUUUAAAACCUUUAAAAACACACAUUAAUCAGAUAAAUACACAAAUCAACAAUUAUUUAAUGUUCUAAUGUUUAACUCAAUUCCUGGAUGAAUGUGUGAAUAAUUCUAUAAGAUUUUAAUGCAUUAUUUGAUUAUUUAUUUCAUUAUUUCAUUAUCUUGUUUGUGAGACAGAAAAAUCAGAGUCAGUGGGAGGGGCAAACAUUACUGUAGAUGCAUUUUUAUUAUUGUGGAAGUUAAACAAUCCAGAUCUCGAUUCAAUUCAAUAAUCAUAAUAUUUUUGAUUAUUUCAAGAAAUAUGAAACCACGAAUAAGUGAAAUGAUUGUAAAUACUUUUAGAGCACAAUGAAUUUACUCUUAAAUUAACAAUACUAAUAUUUCCUUAUUUGGUAAUUUAUUGACCCAUUUACAUAUUGGUUAUGAUUUUUUUAAAUCAUAUGUACUUAUUUCAAUUUGACUUAAGUUAUC